ACAUUGAACUAUGGGCCAUAGCUGGAAUUAGUCAGGGAAGUCUGGCAAACCUCGGCGACAAACUGACUUUGGCAAUAUUAGUCCAUAUACAUAUUCCCGUAGUCCGACACUCAUUCUCUGGUCCACCCUUGGCCCAUACAUGAAUAUCCAAGUCUGGCUUGAGUCCUAAAUAGUGAGUCUGGCCCAAAGCAUUCUGUCCAAACUUUCCCCAAAGUAAGAAAUUCAUCUGUGGGCCAGAGUCGCCCCAUAGUUUGCAUCCCAAAGUCUGGCAACAUUGCGGCAGUUAUUAUCCGGCCCACUUUGGGGAAACAUCUGAGCAUUAUUUCAUCUUUUUGUCAACGGACAACAUUAUUUUGGCUCCUUCAGUCAUUAUUUCUCGCACCAUGGCCAUUAGUAUUUCGAAAAAAUUUUGUGUUGUGCAAUUUCUAAAAGAAAAUUCUUUUGCUGCCGUCCCCUCUAAAUGGAUCAUUGAAGAAGAAGGAAACUUGAUGUGCAGGUGGCCAAGAGGGACACAACUAUUAGAUUUAAUUAAGAAUCCUGAUAGCAUUCCUAAGAAAACGUGGAAGAAACUAGGAAUCAAAUUAUUCCGGUCCUUCGGUAGUGAUGAAUACGAGUUAGCAAACUUCAAUGUCGACCAGGCCAAAGUAAUUAGUGGAGGCGAGAGUCAAAGUGGUUCGCUGUCCAGCGACAAAGACGAGGUCAACGAAACGGUCGGAGUUAAGAAAACAAAUAAUAUAAUAUCGACUGAUCUGUCCGUUUCUUCAUUAACUGCUCCACCGCUAGGUAAUUUAAUUGCAGCCUUAUGUCAUAAUUAUGGUUGUGCUAAUUUUAUUGUCCCGAUAGAUUUUAAUCAAGAUUUGGAACUCAGUCCUGUCAGCCCUACCACUUCAAACAAUUUACAGGAACCAGUGAUUUUGGUGGAUGACCAGAGAGAAGGUUUUACACAAAAUGGUGAUAAUAACUCUCAAAAUGCACCUGAUUUGUCUACUCCAAUUUUAAUUCAAACCCUUCCUUCAGAUUCUGACAAAGGUAGUUAAAUAAUAAAUUGGCAUGCUUUAUGUACAUAUUUAGUUGUCAAUUAACGUAAAAAUAAAUUCUACAGUGUUUCAAGAGACCGUGAUAAAACUUUUGGUGGAUCUCAAGACUGAAGUUGCUGUCCUCUCAAGUAAAUUGGCAUCUCUAACUACUGUGAAUAACCUACACAAUGGCGACGAGGUGACCUUUAACUUGCCUAUACUAACAUCUUCAAAAUUUCGAGAAUCAAUUGAAUGAACCAACUGCGAAAAGGAGCUUAGUAAGUUGACAUACUUAUAUAUUGCGAAAUAGGAAUUGCAUUUAAUUACACUUUUAUUUCCUAUUUAUUUGUAAAUAUUUUUAAAAACAUUUAAACAUUUAAAAACAUUAAAAACAUGUAAAACAUUUUUAGAUAUUUGUGUUCUAAUAGUUAUUAACUUUUAUUCUAGUUGAUCAAACUCGUUGAAAUUGGAGGAUUGGAUUUACACGAAACGACUACACGGACGCUGGCUUAUGUCUUUGGUCAGCCAAUUGCAGAAAAAACCUCCAAAACAGGAAAGGGCUUAAACGAGUACGCAUUUUUGAAAUUAAAGUGCUCAACCAUAAUAAUUGGUAGGUAUAACAUUUUCUACACGUUUGUUAAUAAAAUUAUCCAAAUUAAACAUGUACUAAUUAUCUCGUAUCUUAGAUGCUAUUCUUCACAACUCUAAUUGUGCCCUCAAAACAAGGAAAGACGUAGAAGUUGAAGUUGAGAAAUGGUUCAACGGUGCAAGGGACAGAGACGGUGGAAGAGAACGACGCCGUAAAAUUCCCCCCGGUGCCGUGGUUCCAGAUAAUUAAUUAGAAUGGACUCCUCAAGAUCAACUCGGUAUAGAAGAAAACGGAAAUUAGUUGAAAAUAUCCUUCAUAAUAUUCGACACCCAGUGCCAAAUUUACUUCUUACAUUACCUAUUAAUUAUAAUUUAUCAUCAAGUACUGAAAAUCAUAGUAGUAGCCCAGAUAGCGUAGCCCAAUAUUUGCCUGGUUUAAAUGACUUCCAGGGGGAUAGUUUGGAGUCGACAAAUUUAGAUAAUAGUUCUCAAAUAGUUAGUUCUUCUGACGAUAGUGAUGAGGGGGUGUCAGAUAUUGAAUCAGAAAGUUUAUGUGAAGCGUUUAGAGACUGGAGUUUAAACCAUAAUAUAACACAUAUUGCCACAAAAGAUCUGUUAAGUAUAAUUAAUGAAAAAUGUGGCGUGACCAUCCCUAGGGAUUCAAGAACUUUAUUAGGCACACCCACUUCAACCAAAAUAAGAGAAAUGGGUCAAGGGCAAUUCCACUACUUCGGAAUUAAAUCAAUUCUUCAAAAAUGUAUUUCUAGCGGUUGUAUAUCUGAAUCAGAUUUAAGUAUUUCACUUGGAAUUGAUGGAUUGCCAAUUAGUAAAAGUGGCCGUAGUCAGUUUUGGCCGAUUAUUUGCAAAAUUCAUCAAAGUAAAUGUAAUAACUUAGGCAUUGUUGCUCUGUAUUUUGGACAAACGAAGCCUGCAAGUUGCGCUGAGUAUUUAAAAGAUCUUUGCUCAGAACUUAAUUCAUUUCAAGCUGGUACACAAUUUUUAGGCAAAUUAUUUAAAAUUAAAAUUCAUGCUAUUAUAGCAGACGCACCUGCUAGAGCUUUUAUAAAACAAUGUAGUCCAUAUAACGCUUAUUACGGCUGUGAAAGGUGCGAACAAAAGGGAAAAUGGUUAGGAAAAGUGGUUUUUCCUGAACAAAAUGCUGUAUUGAGGACAGACGAGGAUUUCAAAUUAAGGUCUCGUCAUGAACAUCAUCAGGGUAUAUCACCAUUAGCAGAUUUAAAUUUUGGAUUGGUAUCGCAGAUACCAAUCGAUUAUAUGCAUUUGGUGUGCCUUGGUGUCGUAAAACGUUUAUUACAUAUGUGGGUCAAGGGUCCUCUCCCAUACAAACUCCAUAACAAUUUGAUAUCUAAAAUAAGUUGCAAUUUAGAACGGUAUAUUGCAUAUGCGCCCACAGAUUUUUCGAGGAAACCGAGAUGUAUUAGAGAGGUAGACCAUUACAAGGCCACAGAGUUUCGACAAUUUUUGAUUUAUACAGGCCCAGUGUGUUUGUUUAAUAUUUUGCCUUUAAACAAAUAUAAUCAUUUUCUAUUGCUUCAUGUAGCAAUUCGAAUUUUGUUAUCAAAUUCUGCUCAGGAUAUCAGUUGGAACAAAUAUGCUGACCAACUUUUGCGUAUGUUUGUUUUUCAGUACCCUUCACUAUAUUCAAAGGAUUUGGUUACAUAUAAUGUACAUUCAUUAAUUCACCUUAGUAAUGAUGCUAUAAAAUUUGGAAAAUUAGACAAUAUAAGUGCAUUUCCAUUUGAGAAUGAGAUGCAAUAUAUUAAACGAACAUUACGGUCCAAGCGUCAUCCAAUGCAGCAAAUGAUUAAUAGAAUUCACGAGAGGCAAAAUAUUCACAAAAGUAAAAUCCCAGUAAUUUAUAAAGGUCCUGGGUUUAGUUUAAAAUCUAGUUCCGUCGUUACUUGCAAGAAAGGGAACAAUGUGGUCCUCUUGAAUAGUGGUGAGUGUGUAUUAAUUAAUUAUAUUAAUAAUGAUAUAUGUGAGGGGUUUAAAUUUAAAACAGUUAAAAGCUUGUAUGAUCAUCCCUGUCAAAGUCAGAACGUACACAUGUACUUAUGUGCAGAUAUUGACACAAACAAGAUACAAUUUAAAAAUAGUUGUGUAAAGUCAAAAUGUUAUAUGAUUCCUCAUUUAGAAUUGGACACAUUUGUGUGUGUCGCGCUACUUUAAUUUAUGUUCUUUUAGUGUAUCUAAUUAAUUUUGUUAAAUGUUAUUCAUAAUUUUUGUAUGUAGCUUACGCUUAAUUUAAUUCAAUAAGAAAUAAAAACAUAUAUGAAGGAUAUAUAUAGUAUAUAUUUCUCUGGCAUUCGAUUGGCACAUCUCUGGCUGACAUAUGGCAUAUGAAGCGAACCCCCAGGCCGAAGUAUGCGUCACUUCUGGGAUUACUUCGGCGGUUGAUAUGGGCCAAAGUUGGACCAGUCGCGAACCAUAGAUGGUCAAUCUCUGGCUAUUCCUUGGCCCUGUGUUAGGCUAAGUGCGGCCCAUCUCUGGCCGACAUCUCUGGCACAUAGCUUUCCCCGAGGUCAAAUCGGGUUCUAGGCCAGACUUCACCCACUUGCAUGGGCCAUACAUGGGCCAAAGAUAAAAUGUUUAUGGGGAAGGCAUGGCGUUAAACUUAA